AAAUUUACUGAAAUAUAAUUAUAUAAUAUAUAUAAUUUAUUUCAAUAAAUUUUUAUCAUUUUGUCACUGUACAGUAUCUGUGUUUUCUUAAAUUGAAAAUUUCAAUUUUAUCAAAAAUUUGUUACAAUUUUAAUAAAAAUUCAUUAUUUUUUUCCUUAAAUAGUAUUAAUAAUUUUUUGUUAAAAUUUUACUUAGUCAUCAAAAGUGUAUUAUGUAAUUUUUAUUCUUUAUAGUUUUUUUUCAAGUAUUAGCUGUGAUUUGUUAUAUGAUAAACUCAGAACGUUUUAAACGAUAUUUUUUUAUUAAAUAUCGUCGAAAAGAAGUUUCAAAUUUUUCUCAAUUAUCUAGGAAGUUUUCCUAGAAAGAAAAAAACAUUUGAUUACAUGUUAGAAGAAUAUUACAAGUGGGAUAUGUGUAUAACAGACGUUUUGCUACUGAGCUACCAUUGUGCUGAGUAAUAUAUAUAUAUAUAUAGAGUGCACUGACAAGAGCUCUUUGACAGUCAUCAACUUAAUCAGCUUUAAUGUAGUGGAAACUGCUACAAGUAAUGGAGUUGGGUUGCUAAUGUUGCUAUCCAUCGCGAUUAAAGUAAAUAACGAAGCUUGCGAAUGUGAUAACGGAUGAAAAAAGCAAAAGUUAUUAUCUGAGAAAUGACACGUGUAUCACGUACCGCUUAAUUGUCGAGUAUGUGAUAUAUUUGUGAUUAUAUUGUUAACUCCCGCAAGCUGAAAAGAACGACUUUGACGACCUUAUCUUAAUAGCGUUACGUAAUAUGAAAAUAACAUCGAAGAUUACAGCUUGACGAGGCAAAAUUUACGUUAUAGCGGAAUAAAGGAAUACUACAGUGUACUGCCAGUUUGUAUGCGAGAGAGAAAAUGGAAAAGAACUCUAACAAAAAACUGCCUAUGUGUAAUGGGAAUGUAAGUCACGACAAAUUUCAUCAAGAUGAUUCGAACAACGAUGAAUCGCAAGAAACAAUAUCAAACACUCUUAUUUUUUAUGUGAACGGAAAAGAGGUGUCAGAUAAGAAUAUAGAGCCACAAUGGACACUUCUAUGGUAUCUUCGUAACAAACUUGGGUUGACUGGUACAAAACUUGGUUGUGCGGAAGGAGGAUGUGGAGCUUGUACAGUUAUGAUUUCAAAAUUCGAUCGUGUCACUGGAAAAAUUACUCAUUUGGCUGUCAACGCAUGUUUAACACCGAUAUGUGCGGUACAUGGUUUAGCUGUUACUACUGUAGAAGGUAUUGGCAGCACAAAGACCAAGUUACAUCCAGCACAAGAACGUAUUGCUAUGGCACAUGGAUCGCAGUGUGGAUUUUGCACACCUGGUAUAGUCAUGUCCAUGUACGCUCUAUUGCGCACUAUACCGAAACCAACUAUGGAAAAUUUAGAAACUGCAUUUCAAGGUAAUCUCUGUAGAUGUACAGGAUAUAGACCGAUUAUAGAAGGAUUCAAGACUUUUACAGAAGAAUGGGAACGAUCGCAGUUGAUGACUAACGUACAAGAGGAAGAGACAAAUGGCUCAAGUGUUUGUUCGAUGGGUGACGCUUGUUGUAAAAAAGCGUUCACAUCUAAACCAACUGAGAUUUUCAAUUCCAAAGAAUUUUGCCCGUAUGAUCCUACUCAGGAACCGAUAUUUCCACCAAAAUUAAAGAUGGAAUCUAAACUGGACAAGCAAUAUCUGAUAGUGAAAGGGAAAAAUGUUUGUUGGUACAGACCAACGAAUCUUAAGACGUUGCUCGCGCUCAAGGAACAAUAUCCAAACGCCAAAAUUGUUAUUGGCAACACAGAAAUUGGAGUCGAAAUAAAAUUUAAACAUUUAAUAUACCCGAUACUUAUACAACCGACACAAGUAAAUGAGAUGCGUGAAAUUAUUGAAACACCAGAGGCUCUGAGAAUAGGUGCGAGUGUGACUUUGAUUGAGCUUGAGGAAACAUUGCGACGUUACGUUAACAUAAAACUUGAAUACACCACAAGAAUCUUUACGGAAAUAAUAAAUAUGUUACAUUGGUUUGCUGGAAAACAGAUAAGAAAUGUUGCUGCGGUGGGCGGUAACAUAAUGACUGGAAGUCCAAUAUCGGAUUUAAAUCCAAUCUUUAUGGCUGCAGGUAUUAAAUUAAAUUUACGUUGUUUAAAAUAUGGAAGUCGAACUAUACCAAUGGAUCAUACUUUUUUCGUCGGAUAUCGACGUAAUAUUGUUUUACCUGAAGAAAUAUUAGUUUCCAUUGAUAUUCCCUUUACAAAAGAGAAUCAAUAUUUUAUUGCUUACAAACAAGCGAAAAGGCGAGAUGAUGAUAUUGCUAUAGUCAACAUGGCCUUAAAUGUAUAUUUUGUUCCUAAUACAAAUGUAAUUCAGGAAGUGCAUAUUGCAUUUGGUGGGAUGGCACCUACUACUGUCCUAGCAAGUCAAACUUGUAAAAAAAUAAUAGGAAGAAAAUGGAAUAAAUCGAUCUUGGAGGAGAUUUACGAUUCCCUACUCGAGGAACUACCAUUAGCGGAUAAUGCACCAGGAGGAAUGAUUAAAUAUCGUCGAUCUCUUACUCUUAGUUUAUUUUUUAAAGGAUUUCUGCAUAUUUCUAAGGAAUUAUCAAAGAAUACUUUGGAUGUAGAAUAUAUGUCGAAGGAAUUAGAAAGCGCUUCGGAUUGCUUUCAUUACAAAGUACCAAAAAGCUCGCAAUAUUAUCAAGUGGUACCUAAAAAUCAAGAUUCACACGACUUAAUAGGACGUCCUAUUGUACACACAAGUGCAUUCAAGCAAGCGACAGGAGAAGCAAUAUAUUGCGACGAUAUGCCCAAAUAUGCAAAUGAAUUAUACAUGGCAUUGGUUCUUUCUACUAGAGCACAUGCAAAAAUUUUAAGAAUCGAUCCGUCUAAAGCAUUAUCUAUAGAAGGAGUUGUAUCAUUUUUUUCUUCGAAAGACGUAACAGGAGAUGAAAGAUGGGUAGGGCCUGUAUUUCACGAUGAAGAGGUAUUUGCAUCGGAAAAGGUUAUCAGUCAAGGUCAAAUAAUUGGCGCGAUUGUCGCUGUCGAUCAAAUGACCGCUCAAGCUGCAGCAAGAAUGGUUGAAAUAGAAUAUCAAGAUUUACAACCUGUUAUCAUUUCUAUCGAGGACGCUAUCGUGCACGAAUCGUUCUUUCCAGGCUUUCCUAAGCGUAUUAUUAAAGGCAAUGUAGAUAAAGCUUUUGCGGAAGCGGAUCAUAUUUUAGAAGGAGAAGUACGUAUAGGCGGACAAGAGCACUUUUAUUUGGAGACAAACGCUGCUAUUGUCAUACCUCGUGAAGAAAAUGAGUUGGAAGUAUUUUGCUCCACGCAACAUCCCAGUGAGAUUCAGAAACUGAUUGCUCAUGUUUUAAAUAUACAUGUGAAUAGAGUUAAUGUUCGUGUAAAGCGUAUAGGAGGUGGAUUUGGAGGGAAAGAAUCCCGCGCAGCGUUACUCGCGAUACCAGUGGCACUUGCAGCGUACAGAUUACAGAAACCAGUUCGUUGCAUGCUAGAUAGAGACGAAGACAUGAUGAUAAGUGGAACGCGACAUCCAUUUUUAUUCAAGUACAAAGUUGGAUUUGAUAAUAACGGUCUUAUCAAAGCAGCGAAAGUACAUAUGUAUAGUAAUGCAGGUACCUCUCACGAUUUAUCAGUAUCGGUAAUGGAACGCGCCAUGUUUCACUUUGAAAAUUCAUAUAAAAUUCCAGUGUCGGAAGUACACGGAUACAUAUGUAAAACAAAUUUGCCAUCAAAUACAGCUUUCCGAGGCUUCGGUGGACCACAAGGAAUGUUCGUAGCUGAAAAUAUUAUUCGGCAAAUCGCCGAUUAUCUAAAUCUGGAUGUUGUAAAGUUGUCCGAAUUAAAUUUGUACAAGGAAGGCGAUUUAACGCAUUACAACCAUCAACUAGUCAAUUGUACUUUAAAUCGCUGCUGGCACGAGUGUCUAGCGUCUUCCCGUUAUAAUAAUAGAAUAGUCGAGAUUCAACGUUACAACAGAGACAACCGGUUUAAGAAAAAAGGACUCGCGAUUGUACCUACAAAGUUUGGUAUAGCGUUUACCACAUUGUUCUUGAAUCAAGCAGGUGCAUUGGUGCACAUCUAUACCGACGGUUCAGUGCUAAUCAGUCAUAGUGGCGUUGAGAUGGGACAAGGUCUACACACAAAAAUGAUUCAAGUUGCUAGCAGAAUGUUAAAGAUAAAUCCAUCCAAGAUACAUAUCGUUGAAACAGCUACCGAUAAAGUCCCCAAUACAUCUGCUACCGCGGCGAGUUGUGGAUCUGAUCUCAAUGGCAUGGCUGUUAUGAAUGCAUGUGAGGAAAUCAUGAAACGAUUACAACCGAUAAUUAACAAUAAUCCGAAAAGUACUUGGGAGGAGUGGAUAAAAACGGCAUAUUGUCAAAGGAUAAGUUUAUCUGCCACUGGUUUUUACCAAACACCCAACAUUGGAUAUUCCUUCGAAACUAAUACAGGAAAUCCUUUUAAUUAUUUCACAUAUGGCGUAGCUUGUACAGAGGUGGAGAUUGACUGUCUUACCGGUGAUCAUGAGGUUUUACGAACAGAUAUUGUCAUGGAUUUGGGAGAGAGUUUAAAUCCAGCCAUUGACAUAGGACAAAUCGAAGGUGCCUUCGUUCAAGGAUAUGGUUUAUUCACGUUAGAGGAAAUUAUUUAUUCGCCAACAGGGACUUUAUUCAGCAGAGGCCCCGGCACAUACAAAUUACCAGGUUUUACUGACAUACCUCAGGAAUUUAAUGUUUCCUUAUUAAAAGGAUCAUCCAAUCCAAGAGCAGUAUACUCUUCGAAGGCUGUUGGUGAGCCACCGCUAUUUCUGGCAUCGUCUACAUUUUUUGCUAUCAAGGAGGCAAUUAAGGCUGCGCGUAAAGAUAUGAAUAUUCACGGUUAUUUUAGACUCGAUGCUCCUGCGACUGCCGCACGUAUACGUAACGCCUGUGUAGAUAAUUUAAUAAUGAAGGUUACAGAACCUGAUUUGAAACAGCAAUGGAAUAUAGUGCCAUAGUGAAUAAAAACUCCUCGAGGUUAUUACGCUUAUAAUUUUGAUUGAUUUUAGGAUAAAAAUAUUAGGGAUGCAAAUAAAAUAUUAUCCACACACAAUAU